AUGAUCUCUAUAAGGAAGAUGCGGACUUCCUUUAUGAUUAACAAACUUCCUUUUCCUAAACAAGAUGACUUCAUAGAUUAUGAAAUCAGAGAUAUCUUACAUGCGCCAACAAUUAAAAUAGUGUAAGAGGGGUUAUUCACUAGUUGGAGAAGAUAUGUUAGGUUGAAUAGAUUAGCAUUUUAUAAACAUUGCAAUGAGAGUGACUAUAGUAGAAAGAUUAAAUUGAUACUGAAAAAUAAGGCAUUGGAACCAGAGAGACCAAAAAGAGAAGGAUAAUUGUAACAAUGUUACAAAGGGUAUUGUUUAAUUGAAGACUUCAUGAAGAUCAAUUUCAAACAUGCAGAGACGAGGGAAUUUGGAGACUUUCUGAAUGUUAUGGGUGUCAUUAGACCAAAAGUUCAAUUAAUUAAUUAUCUACAAAUUAUUCGCAACACAUAUGUUAAAUUACCUGUAUUGGUUGAAAUGAGACAAUUCCAGAGUAUUUACACUCAUCGAAAAUUUGAUGAGGAGAAUGCAGCUAAUUUUAUUUAACUUGCCUUCCGUAGAUACAAGAAUCAUAUGACUGAAGUGCAAAAGCAAAUACGAAUCAUGUCUAGUCUUAAUGCUGAAGAGUUGUUUGUUAUUAUAAAAGAUAAAAUCAGCAAUUCAGACAAAUCCCUUAAAGAAGUCUUUGAAAUAUUUGAUUACAACAAGGAUGGACAUAUUGAAUUCAAUGAAUUCAUUCAAGCAUUCAGAGACUCUAAUAUCCCUGUUGCUGAAGAAGUGCUGCAAACUGUUUUUAAGUACUUCGACAUCAAUAACAAUAAUUCCAUCCAAUACAUGGAGUUCUUGAGUAAAAUCUAAGUUAGAACUGUGUCCAACGAUUCUUUAUUGAGUGUUUAAUUCAAAGUGGAAUAGACUGUUGAACAAUUGAGAUAAGUCAUGAGGAGAGAAUUCAAGGAUCUAUAAGAGAUGAUCAACUCACUUUAGGCAUCAGACAGGUUGAAGAUCAAAAAGAUUGAAUUUUUGGAUUUUGUGAUGACCUAUACUUUACGUUUUUCCAAAAUACAACUUGACAAUAUGUUCCACUACUUGGAUCAUAAUAAUAAGAACUAUUUAACGAUAGAAGACUUUUCAUAAAUAUUCACUAGGCAAUCCCUCCACGAGGUUCGAGAAGAGAAGAAGGAGAAUAAGCAAUAGGAACAGAGGGCAAUUUAGAAUAUGCAAUCUGAAAUAGACAAUGCUAAAUUCUUAUAUCAUUACAUCUAAGCUGAAGACAUGCAAGGUUUUAUCUAAGAAAGAGAUAAUCAACUAUUGGAUCUAUUGAAGACCAAUUCACAAUAAGGAGUUGCUGGAAAGAGAGUAAGUUUCAGUAUGGCUGACAUUGAAACCAGAGCCAAUAUUUACAAGAAUUCACUUUUAAAAUUAGAAAUACUCAUCCAAUAGAUUUCAAUUAAAGUCCUCUUGAGAUUACAAUAGUCAGGAUUAACAGUGAAACAGUUCUUUAGUUAAUUUACUUAGAAAUUCCCUGAAAAAUUCAUUGAACCCAAGGAAUUCCUGUUGAUGCUUAACGUUCUAUUUAAUUAAGUCAUGGAUGUCUCCCUUUCAAAUGCCUUAUUCAGAAUCAUAAGCAAUUAAUAUACAGCACGUGUGAGUUUGGCCAAAUUCGAAGAAUUGAUAAUGAUUGGACAACAAAUAAGUCCAAUUCAAUUAAGAAUGAAAUUCAAUUAUGGUUCAUAUGUGGCUAAGUUGAAACCUAAACUAUUAGAAGAAUUCCAGAAGGUGGCCACUGUCAGUAUAGACAUGAAAACUGUUACAUUGAAAUAAACUUUGUCUAUUUUAAAUCAAUUCGGACUUAAAUUAGAGAUGUUUGAAAUUCAAAAAUUAGCUGAUUCCUCAAUCAUUAGUCUCAAAGACAGAAUGUAUACAGUAGAUUACGGAAGACUACUUUAAUUGAUGUUCCCUGAUGUCUAUUUGGGGGAGCAGUUAGUUCUUAAGAAAUUUGGAAUGGUAAUCUUAAAAUUAUGGAGAAGAAUGAAACAAUCCUAUUUUCUCAAGAAAGCAUCAGGCAAAUUCAAUAAGAAAGGCAAUAAGAGACAACCGAAACCAUUAGGUACUAAAAGAUCGCUUAAGGAGAAAAUGAGUGAAACCUUGCCUGCAGUUUAAAAACAAAAUGAAUAUUCUAAAAUCAAGAGUGGGGACUUAUAUUCCUUUGCCAAAACAAUCAUACUGGAGUGCGUAGAAGGAGCUGCAUAUUUUGCAGAAACCUAAAUAUUUACGUAAUAAAAAUAACAUACCUUUCAGAAGAGACCUACAAUCAAGGACUUAUUUAUUUUUCAUCCUUUUUAAGCUUUUGAAUUGCCAAAUCUCUUGGGAACAUUGUCCUAUGAUUUUUUAACUCAAAGAUUAUAUAUGCCUGAUAAAUAGAGUAUCCUUUAUACAUAAGAUGUUUGUGGUAAUAGGAUGUUGUAAAAUAUUAAUAUCGGUACCAAACUUCCAUUCAAUAAAUCCUUUAUUGUCGAUUGUCUGAUUUUUAAUUAAAAGAUGUUCAUACUGAAGUCUAAUUGGCAAUUAUAAAUGUGGAGUAUGUCCUAGAAAAGCGAUAGACACGAGUUAGCUAUUGAUUUAAGAGAGGGAGCUCCAAAUGCUUAACAGAAUGCUCAACAUCUAUGGCAAUGUGAAGAUUUAUUAUUAGUGGUUUCGAGUCAAAGAACUCAUGUCCACAUAAUAUCAUCAGUGUCGUUACACAUAAUAAGGAUUGUCAAUUUUGUUUGUAUUUUGGAUUUUCACUUUAAAUAUAUGAAUGAAAUCAUGAAUAAGGUGGCUACAAAAUUGAUUCAAGAUACUAAUAGCAAGUUUCCUAUUAAAUUAGAAAUGACUCUGGCAGAGAUGGAGUAGUAAGAAUAAAAAAGAAGAGAGUCCCUAAAUUUUAUGGUACAAUUCAAAGACUCAAGAGUCUAGAAAGGUAAGCUAUUGCAUUUCUUUACUAACAAUUAAACCUCUGACAAAGAGAUUGUCAAAUAAUAUUUUGAUUAGAUUUGUGAUGAGGAAGGCUAUAUAAGUUAACAAUAAUAUGAAGAAAUAUUAAAGGAUAAAUAGAAGAAUAAGUAUAAUAUUUACGAUGCCCUAAAUAUAAUAAAAAUAUCUAAAGUGAAUUUAAGAUAGCUUUUUAGUACUUAUGAUGAUGGGAAGAACAUUGUUACUUAAAAAUAGUUAUUUGAGAUGUUGGAAUCUUUCAAUAUGAAACCGCAAGUAAGACAGAAUUUUGUAUGUGCAUUUCCAAAUGGUAUUUCAUUUCAAGAAUUCAGUAAGUUGAUCGAAAGUCCUAUCACUUAUGAUGAAUUAUUGCAUAGAUGUGAAUCUAAUCAUAUAGAUUUGGUUAAAUUAUUUUAAGAGUGUGAUGUUUAUAAUGUAGGGUUGUUAGAUAGGAAUGAUUUCUAUUUCGUAUUGUCAUCCUUACCUUUUGGUCUGUUGGACACAGAAAUUGAUUAGUUAGCUUCACAAUAAGUGUAUGAUUCUGAGAGUGGCCGAAUUAAAUACCGUGAGAAACCAUAAGCUAUGAAAUAGAGAGUUAAACAAGUUUAAUUUAUUAACGAUCUGAAUGUUGUUAUUGCAUCAGUGCAUUAUCCCAAAAGAGGUACCAUCUUUUGUUUAAACGAUAAAAACAUAUUGGCUCUAUUGGAACAUCAUAAAGAAGCACCAAUCCUACAUUAUGUGAAUGAAUCUGGAUGUCUGUUGAGUGCUGAAGGUUAGGAAUUGUGUAUUUGGACAAUAUACAGAGAUUUGACAUUGAAGUAUGAUGUAAAUCCUCCUUGGACAAUCAAACCAUAAAUCAACAUAAAAUUAAAUGCGCAGAUAUCUUAGAUCGGAUAUUUGCCAUUCAAUUAAUUAGUCAUGGUGGCCACCACUGAUGGAAUUAGCUUUUAUGAUCCAGUUAGUUAUCAAUAAUAGUCAUCCAAAGUAUAGGUGCGUAUUAAACCAGGAUAUUAUAAGGAAUUGGAGGAGUUCACUGCCAAUUAACAAGUACCUCUAGUUCAUUAAUUGGAAUUACAAAAAAUAGUGUCACUUAGUACAGGGUUGCUUUAAACUCCCUUUGAAAGUGAAGAUGCUACACUUGGCAGUACUUUACUAAGUCUAGAAUUUAUGAUAAUCAUGACAGAAAUACCUAUGGGUUAAAAUUCAAAGAACUUACUCAAUCCUGUUAAGAUAGUUCUUGUUCAUAGGUAAUCAUUAGAGAUUCCAUCAACACAAUUAGAUGUGGUUGUACCUCAGAAUGUGCUUAAUUAGAUUCAAAGUGAUUUAGAAAGAAUCUUAUAACAAGCAUUAAUGGGGAAGAGGGCAAGAGGAGUCAUUGGUAUAGAGAAGGAGUUGAAUAAAGAAUAGUUAAAAAUCCACACAAAGAGAUAAUUGAUAAAACUGAGCAAAUAAUUGACAUUGAAUAAAUAGCCAUGUCAAUAGGAUAUUUUGAAUGAGAUCUCUCAUUCUUGUGGUGGAAUCUUGAGUUACUCAUAUGUGUAUAAUCUAUUAAGAUCUUGUUAGUGUCUAAACCCACAUAACAUAUCGUUUGAGGAAUUCAAAUACAUAGUUCAAUAUUCAGAAGAGUACAAACCAGUCGUUAAGAUAUAAAAUCAAAUUGAAUCUAAAUUAUAGGGUUUGGUGAGAGAAGGAAAAAUUGAUUUACCUCUUGAGUUUGAAUUACAAAAGGCUAUGAGGUUAAGCAAUGAUAAGAUAUUGAUGAAACAUUAAUUUAAGAAAUUACUAAUGAAGUUCAAGGCAUAUUCAAAUGAGAAAGACUUAAACGAUUUUGUUUAAAAUGACUUUGUCAGUUUGAAAUCAUUAAUGGAUAAAUUCGAAAAUGACAAAUUAAUCUAUAAAUUAAGAAUGAUUUCGCGUCCUGAUUAAAUUAUCAAAGAAAUCCAAAAGCUCGGAAUUCCUAGACAAUUUCUAGCUAGAUUGGCUGUGGCUGAUGAGAAUGGAGAUGGAAUUCUAACUAAGAAACAAUUUAUGAGUGCUGUGUCUGAAAACUAAGCUCUCUUUUCAGAAUUUUUCGAUCUCUAUUCUGAAAAUCUUAAUGAUGAAUCUAUAAUAAGAAUCAAAUAAAUUACAAGCAAGUUGUUAUCAGUGUCUGAAGGACUGUAAAUAAAGAAAAUGCUUAAUACUUUAGCCAAAGUGAAAAACACCUUAAUUUAUAGAUAAUUAGGUUUGACUCAUCUUUUUAGAGUGAAUGAAAUGCCAUACCACGAUUUCUGUGAUUGUGUAAUGGAUCUUAAAAUACCAGAUGUUACAGAAAAAGAUGUUAAAUUCCUAGCAGACUGUUUAGCUGUUGAAUCCAAUAAAAUCAUUCCAUUCUAAUCCUUCUAACAUUACUUACAUAAAUUAAGUGCUAGUGAUUAAUUCUUAUUGGUUGCAGAUUAUGAAGACUUGUUGCAUACAGCUGAAGAUAUCCUACAAAAUAAGGAGGUUUUAAGAUUGAAAAUACCAAAUCAAUAGCCUUGUUAACCAUGGGAUUUAAGAGGACUAUUGACCUUCUUAGAUUUCGAUAGUGUUGAUCGAUUUUUAAUUAAAGUAUUGGAAAUGAAUGAGUUCACAUAUGAUUAAUUAAUUGAUAAGUGUGUUAAUUUUGUGAAUAAGAUAAAUUUGUAAAAAAAGGAUGGCAAAUCACAUUAACAGGGAUUAUUACAAUUGGUAACCGAAGAUCCAAAAAACAAAUAUGUAAAUGUGAUUAAAUUAGGCUCACUUGUGAAAUCUCAGUCUUAUGUCUAAAUUCAAAAAAUAUUUUAGUAAUGCAUUCAAUUGGACAAUGAUAAGAAUGGAUUCAUCGAAUUGCCUAUAUUUUGCAAUAUCAUAGCCUACAAUGUAGCGGUUGAGUAAAGUCUAUUGGUCAAUUUCCAAUUAGAAUGGAAAGCCUUGACUCAAGAAGAUAAUCUAAAUUACAAUAGAUUCUUUAAGGAGUAUGUGGAAUUCGAAUAGAUUGUGAGUAAUUAAGAUAAGCAAAACAAUUUAAACCAAUUGCUCAUAAGAUUCGCUUAUGCAGUGAAUAAGAGUGGAAUCAAUCUUGGCUUUGUAUUGAAGAGAUUCUACAAUUAUGACAAUCAAGACUUUUUGACACAACCACAAUUCCUUUAGUUGUUGGAAUAAGUUCAGUUGCAACUCACUUAAAAUGAAAUCAAUGAUCUCACAUAAUUUUUAGGCGAAGAUAUUACACAUGCAAACCUACUCAAAUACUACACAAUCGCAAGUAAGAACACAGCUAUUGUUUAUGAUUCUGCCAUUUGGGAGACUGCAGGAACCCAAAUUAGUAUAUCAACAAUAAACAAAUUAGGAAAAUGGUAGCAAUCUAAAGAUUUGAUGAAAUCCAUUGAUUUUAAGAGAUUGUUCAAUUAAUAUGAAACAUCUGAAUAAUAAUAAAUAAUUAGAUUUGCUUGUGUUGGGUGUCGUACAACCUUAGAGGAAGCACAAAAAUUGACAAAAGAGAUUAGAUUGAACUAAGCAGACUUAUCCUAAUACUUUGUCAAUCCUUUACUAUUUUCUGAAUCAUUGCCUUAGAUUGUGAAGUCGAAAGUUAAGGAACAAGUAAGUAAAACUAAAUUUAAUGGAGCAGAAAAGAUGGCUUAAGAACCUUUAGAUGAUUAGAUUUCAGUAUUGACAAAGAAGAUUUAAUAAGCAAUGAAGAAUUUGAAUAGCACAGUGCUUAAAAUAUUGUUAAAUCAAAACAUUAUAGUCAGUGCAAAUGGUCAAAUAACCAGAAGCGAAUUUAAAAAAUUAUUGGAUUCCUUGCCUUAUGUUUGGACGAUGAAGGAGAAACACAAUUUAUACUAAAAAUUUAGAGAACCUAUAAAUAUAUUGGAUUUUAUAUGCUUAUUCGAUGCUCGUGAUGAUAUAUCAUUUUAUAUUGAUAUCAUUAUCUAGAAAUUGUUUAUGGGAUUGUAUGGAUUGUAGCUUACUCUAUAUACCUUUUUCACUUAGAUUGGCAGAGUAGAAGUGAAGUAGUCAGAGUUGUCAGACCAUUUAAAACAAUUCAUGUCUGGUUGGGAAGCGAAAGCAUUAUUAAAAUAGUUGUUUUAGGAUGAAACAUUGAUAUUAACCAUUUCAACAUUCUUGGAAGCAUUUCGACUUUAUGGAUUUAAUGAUUUGUAAUUGCUUUUGAGAUCAGGAUUAUAAGUGUUGAAUGAUUCUACUAUUGAUGUGAUGUUUGAGAUUGAGUAGAGUGGAAGUAAUUAAGAAUUGACAAUCUAAUAAAUCCAACAGUUAUUCAAUAGAAUGAAUAUUCACAUUUCUUUACAAAGUCUCUUUUGUCUUCUGAAUAACUACUUAAUGGAUAAGACUAAAAAACAUCCAAUGUUUGAACAGAAGAUGAUCAAAUACAAUAUUAAAGAAUUCCUGUAAUUCUUAUCCCAACAAAAAGUUGCCAAAUCUCAAGUCAAACAAUUUUAUGAGAAACUUUAAGAGUCGCAUUUGUAAAUUUUUGAAUUCUUCGCAGUUUGUGAUUCUCAUCAAGAUUAUGCCAUAACAGAAGAUGAAUUCAAAUAUGGGUUUACACAACUCCAAAUUUAAAGAAUGGAUAAUAUUUGGUUAGAUUUUGAGAAAGUCGAUAUGCGAGUUCCAUUCUAAAAUUUCUUGAAAGCCUUUUUAUAAACAGGAUGCAUCCAAUGGCAGGAACAGGAACACUAAGACUCAUUUAUUCUCGCUAUUAAGAAAUUAGGAAAUCUAAAUGAAUCCUUCAUUAAAUUAGCAGAUGGAGAUUAAAUCACCUAUAAAAGUUUAAAGCGUUGCCAUCAAAAGCAUAAAUUAGACAUUUCCUUGGAAGAAUUAUAACUAUAUUACAGUAAGUUGAAGUAGAAGUAUAAGACUUUAACCUACAAGGAGUUUGCUCAAGCGAUGUAAGGAGAAAGACAAAUUGAAAUCAUUCAUCAAGCCUUCAGCAGUUUAGUAAAUGUGAAAACUCGAGAGUUCCCAGAAACAAUGACCUUGGAUCAAUUGAAAUAAUUCUUAACGAAGAAGCAAAUUCCCACUUAGCACAUCAGUGUUAUCGUAAAUUCAUUUGAAAAAUAGACUAUUACAAACAAAGAAUUAGAGCAAAAAUAAUUAGAUUACUCCAACUUAUCCAAUUUAAAAGAAUAAUUAACAAGUGAAAAGUUAUUACAAUUUUGUCAUGCCAUCAUUAAACAACUAAAAGGAUAACCAAAUUAAUUUAGCAAAAUCUAUACACAACAUGGUUUAGGUUCAAUUAAUCAAAUUACUUAUUAGAAUUUAUACACUUUUCUAAAUUAUUUAGAUGUGAACACGACUUCAGAUAUUCUCAAACUGUUCUUCAAUACUGUUGACACUGAAUAGAGAAAUAUUGUUAAAUCAACUGAAAUUGAAUCCUUAUUAAGAAGAUCUCAAACCCAAGCAAGAGUUAAAACUUUGGAUCAUACUAAAAAGGCAGAAGUCAAUGAAUUACUAAGAAAAGGAAUCAAAAACAUAGUUGCCACUAUUUAAAGCAAGAAGAUCAGAUAUGACAAAUAAUUAGAUAAAAUUGAAUUGGCAGAAUUUGUUAAUCAGUAUUGUAUUUUGAAUGAGCAGUAAAUAGAUUUAUUAAUAGAAGCCAUCAGUGAUAAUUCUCAAGUUCAAAAACCAACAUGGGGAGAUUUUGCAAGUUAUAUGUUAGAAGACAAUCAAUAAAAGGCUAAUGUAUUCUUUAAAGAAUGUUUGGAAUUGUUUUAAGAUAUGCUUCGUAGAUUAAACAUUAGAGUUAGUUGUGCAGUGAAAUACUUUGGACAAAAAAGAAUUUUCAUUAGAGAAUUCAUUCAUAUGAUGUUGAGUCUUGGAUUUAAUCCAUUGAAACUUAAGCUUAAUUAUAAGAAGAUUAAACUUAUAUUCGAAAAACAUGGGGGAGAUGAGAUGAGUGAUUUAGAGUUCCUAAUGUUGAUGAGUGAACAGGAAGGCCCAGGAACCUAAUUGAGUCAACCUGUACUAGAAGUCUUAAUGAAUUUGUAUCGAUUUGCUAUUAAGAAUUAACUAUCUAAAUAAUAAUUGUACAAUCUGAUGAACCUCAAUAAAUCAGGAUGGAUACAAAGUGAAGAAUUGGAAUAGGCAAUCCAUAUGAUUGAUCCACAGAUUUAGCUUACUUAGAUCAGAGCUUUGAGUUCUUACCUAACACAAGAGGAUUAGUUGAUAAAGGUGGGAAAUCUAAUUAAGUUGAUAUACAUAGGAGGGUCUUUAAAUGACAAUUCAAUCGAAGUCAAUGCCUUUUUCACCCGAGUAUUCGAGCCCUCCUUACUACAUGAUAUUGUGCAAUUGGAACAAAUAGGAACAGGAUUUGAUGGUCUGGUGCCCUAGAUAACAAUAUCUUUGUAGGAUUUCCUCCAUUUGGUUCCCAAACAUAAAGAGUAGGAUAUUGCUUUAAUGAUUAAAUCCUUUGGAUUGAAAUAAGAUUAAUUAGAUUUAGAGAAAAUUUAUGAAUGUCUAAUCAAUAUAAAUGAAGAUUUACAAGUGGGCUCUAAAUUGUAAUGCAAGGAAGGGAAGUAAGAGUAAAUUAUUGAAGAGAUGCCUCUUGAGUAGAGUGUCGUAUUAAAAUUUUAGGAUUAGAGAGUGCAAUAAAAUACCUUGAAGGGGUAAUAUGAAAUGGAAAUCAUUGAACAUAUUUGUGCCAUUUUGAAUUAAAAUUAAAUGUCACUAAUGAAAUCAGUGUUCUAGGAGAAAGGGUAUCUGAGUGUCCAAGAGUUCCAAUUAUUACUGAAUAACAUCGGUGUUUGUUUGAGUAUUGAUUAAGUCAGAGCAUUAAUAAAACUAUUUGAUUUCAAGUCUGAUGGCAAUAUCUUACAUUAUACUGAACUAUUAUCUGUAAUCGAACAAUAGGGUUAUUAGAUAAUAAAGGAUGAAGCACAAUAGGUCAAUGUUUAUAAUAAAUUAUUGUAAAAGUUCUUUACUCUUGAAUUCGGAGAUCUGAAUUACAAUGAUUAAAUGACUGUGAACGAAUUUUAUAGAUUGAUAUCUUUAGAAGGAGAGAGACAUCCAUUCGAUGAUAAUGAGUUUUAGAGACUUGCUAAUUUAUUUACAUAACAAGGAAUGAUACAAAAAAAUUUGAUUCUUAGAAUUCUGGGAACUCAAAAAUAGAAUUUCGUUGAUCAUGACUUAAUUGAUAAAUAACUAUUGAAAAAUAUCUUCUACAGAUUCAAUGGAUUUGAAUUGGUCUUGAAUUGCAUCAAGAAAAUAAGGGAACUAUUUAAUUAAAAUGUUGAAUCUAUCAAAUAACAAGAUGAUAGUGGUUUGAUGUAGGUCUCUUUACAAAUUAAUGUAAAUAACAUAUACUUAAAAAUCUAAUAAAUCAUGAAUUACAUUUUAAAUGACAUCCAAUUAAUUUAAGCAGGAGUGUUCAAUCUGUUGAAUCAAUAAUUUUAAGCUUAAUAUAUUCAACCACAUCUAACAAUUCGAUCUGAGAGAACGAAAAUGUCUCAGAUGUAAUUAUCAUUAACUAGUGUAUUCUUAACACCUAUUCCUGAAACCCAAUUUAUUCCUAUUCAUAUACCAUCAAUCGAAGGAAAAUAGAUGUAUUACAUGCUAGGUAGAAUAGCUGCAAACAAUGCCCCAGUCAUAGUUAGUGUGUGGACUGUUCCUAUUUUAUAAACAGUGUGUUAUGAUGGAGUAAUGUUGAGAUAACAUAUAAUGGAAGUGCUAAGAUUUUAAUCCAUUCUGAAUUAGACAUGCAAACUCUACGGAGUAUGUGAAAAGAAGAAUAAUAUGGGAACUGAAGUGCAUGCAUUUGUUCAAUUUGAAGGUACCAAUCUAAACACUGUAUGUUAAUAAACUGGAGGAUUGCUUAAGAUUCCUCAGUUAGUUUUAAGUGGCCAAAUGAUCUACGUGGCUAAAUUGUGGUUGGGAUAGAUAUUAUCUAUUAUGUGUGAUAUUCAAAAUUAUGGCUACGCAUUUCCAAUGAUGAGGACUGAAAUUUUAUACCUUUUUAAUGAUGAAGUACAUUUAAGCGAAUUGACUGGCAUCUAAUCAGUCAAUAUCAACAAAUUCUAAUCUGGAGUUGACAUCAAACUUUUGGUUGAAAGUGUUCUACAAUAAGAAUACAAGGAUCUUUCACUGGCUCCUGAGUUCUAUAGUAAAUCUAUUUAAGAAAUCACCAACAUGGCUGAUACAUGGUCUUUUGGUGUCAUUAUAUUUGAAUUGUUAUUUGGACACAAACCCUCGAUUAUUAGCAAUUCUGGUUGCUACUAAGGAGACAAAUAUCUCUCCUUAACUGAACCUUCAGAUUAUGAAUAAGGGGAUUUACUGUAGAAAGAAGUAUUUUAGAAUUUGAGAAAGGAAUUAGCUGAUAUAAUAGAUAUGAAAAGUUAGUCAAUUACCUAGUAGAUCUUAUUAUAAUUGGAUCAAAAAUCAUUAGGUGCAUAUAUUAAGCAUUUGUUUAAGAAUGUCAAUGCUGAUGAGUCGAUGCUUAAUCAAAUUUCAGAGUUGAUUGAUUUGAUGUGUUCUUGUUUAUAAUAUGAACCACAUAAUAGACCACAAUUAUAGUCAAUCUAAAAGAGUAACAUCUUGAAUGUUGAUUUACAAAAUGCAAGGUAGAUUGCAAGGCCAAUUAUCAACUAUAAAAACCCAAGGAUUAUUUUCGAAAGUCAAAUAUACUAACCUUCUAGAUAAAUUGCAUUGGCAAUAGUCAAGAAUAAACCAGUUGAAAUCGAAUCCGUUGUGCAAAUAAUUAAAUUGUUCAAUCAAACCAUCUUAUUCAGUAUCAUGGAUGAAUAGAAACUAGAUUUGAUAAGCUAUCUAUUCCAUAGUAGAGUGUUAGACAUCUUAAAUUUCAUUGUGUUGCACCUAAACUAUAAAUAUGAUUUACCACAAUUAGUUCAAUAAUUCUCAUAAAUAUUUAUUGAACUUUAAUAGCAUUUGCAGUAGCAAGAGUCACCAGCUAGUCAACAUGUUGAAGCCAUUAUAACCACUUUAGUCAAAUUUACUCUUGGAGAACCAUAUAGAUUAAUAAGUGAUAAAAUGUUCAUGGCUCCAGAGGCAGGAUUCUUUUCAAUUAGGGAUGACGAGUUAGAUCAUGAAUUUAAGGAUAAGAAUCAAUUUUAUUCUUAUUGGACUCCCAGCAUUUAUAAAAUAGUAGCUCCAAUUUAUAAAGAUAUGAUAAGUGAGAGUGGUGUAGGUAGUGGUAAUAUGGUUGCCAUUAGAAAUUAUAUUCAAUUAUGCACUGAAAAAUAGGUAUCUCCAUUUGAUAUGAAUAAAUUUGCUGUUAAUGUGGCUCCUGUUAAGUAUAAUACGAUAGCACGCUCAUCUGAAUACUAUAGUGAAGUUAUGUCAGUGUCAGAUUCGCAUCUCUAAAUUGCCAAUUAUCUGAAUGGAUCCUUUAGUAAAUCCUCUGUUAAGAUUGCUCUUAACUAUGUAUCCUCUUUGAUCAAAUCAAACAAAAUUAGCAAAUUAUAGGUUUUAGUAGAUAGCAGAAUUACCAAUCUCUUGAUUUAACUAGUUACUGAUCAAGAAUUCAGAACUAGUGUUCUAUAAAUGUUUGCUCAUAUUACUAUUGCAUUCCGUAAUGAAGUUCCUACGAGUUUGAGAAUUGAGCAUUCCAAUUAAGGUUUAGUCCAAUAAUAUUAAUAAAAUAAUGCUGUCCAUUUACUUCGAAAUCUUUCUAUUAUUAGUCACAUUUUAACCAAUAAAAACAAAUUAUCAAAUGAGCGAUUUUUGUCAUUCCAACCAACAGAAUAAAAUUAAUCAGAAUCAAAUAAAAUUCAAUAGUUAAACUUAUAUGUUGCUGAAUAAAUCUUUGCAUUGCCCACAAUUUAUCAAGGCCUCUUUGUUGACAUUAAGACUGAUCCUGACUUGGUGUAUAAAAUAAUAGGCAACUUAUUAUAAUGGCCUAAAGUUGGCAAAUACGCCCUAGGUGGAUCUACUUAACAAUUGCUCGUUGAGAUGUUUAGACCUAUGGCAUUGUAAGCUGAACACAAAAAGUCAAAUAAUCUCUAAUUAAGCUUAAAACUGUAUGAUGAAAUUAUCACCAUGGCAUUACCUAAUACUAUAGAUUUAAUACAUUCUAGCAAAGUCAGAAUAAUGUUACAAACUCACAAUUUGUUAGUUCCUGAAAAAUCAUCCUCAGAGAAGUUUGUUAAAAUAUCGAAAUCCCUAAGCAAUCAAUGGAAGGAGUAAAAGUCAACUAUCAUUCAAGAGAUUAGGGAUUAAGUAUCCAUCCUAAUGAAUGGAAGAAGCUUGACUAGAAAAUAAAUACCACCUAUAUUUGGAUAGAUUAAGUAGGCUCUUAAAUAAAUUCAAGCCUAUGUUGUAUACACAAGUAAAGAUAAAUUAUUAAGUAAUCAGGAGGAGAGAAGGUUCAUUAGCAAUGCCUUUUAGAUGAUCAUGAGCAUUUUCAAUGAUCUAUUAACUUUCGGGUAAUUGCAUCAAGAAUGCUGCGAUUUAUUACAAUCUCUUGCAGAUUUUAUCAUGUACAUUACUCUAAUUUCACCUCUGUUAAUUUUUGAUAUUGAAGAUAUGCAAGGUACUAAGAAUUCUAUAAUAUGGCUCAGAGAUACUGUUGAUUUUAUAUAUGAAUUCCAUAUUGAAUGGGAUAGAGUUAAUGAAGAAAGACGAAUGAGAAUAGAAGAAAUUAAUAGAUUGAAGUAAGAAGAAUAAGAAAAAAACUAAAAGUUUGUUGAAUCCUUAUAACUAAAAUAAAACAUUUAAGAAUCUAAAAUAAAUAAAAAUGUCACUUUUAAAUUACCAACUGAAAAAUCUAUGAUCCUAAAUUAAUAAUAGUUAUAAAGCUAAUCUUAAUCAUAAUUCUAAUCGCAACUAUAAUCUAUCAAGCAUUCUUAGUAAGUGAGUAUUGCCAUGUAAAAUUAAUCAUUGUAAUAGUCGCAAAUUACUGUGAAUAAUCAACUGUCGCAAACUCAAUUGGUAAAGUCACAAACCAAUUAAUCAUAAAUAAAAAAUAUUAGUAAAAGAUUGCAAGAACCUCCCAAUUCAUAAUCUUAACUUCAAUUAGAAUAUGCAGUCAAAUUGGAAUUAAGACCAUACUCUUCAAAUAAAUUGAUCUAGUGUGCUCUUAAUUUGCUUAAAUGUUUAACAGCUAUUAUCGAUUCAAAUAUAAACUAAUAUUUGUAACUAUUAACAUUUUUGAAUAUCGGAACCUGGUACACAAACCUCACAUUUAAAUAAUGGAUAAUUUUCGAUAGAGUUGUUGGCCCAUCUUUAGAAGAAACCCUUAUUAUAAAAAAUUAAGUAGAUGAAUCUAUGGUCAGAACUUCCUUAUUUGAGGCUAUUGGCAAAUGCUAGAAUCAUGGGUUAUAAGAGCAAUUAAUAAAUGCAGGAUUUAUUAAAGGAAUUUUCAGUUAUCUACUAAAUAAUACAAGAUCUUUUGAAGUUUAAAAAAUAGUCAAAACGCAUUCCUAUGUUCCAUUUAUACAUUGGAUGCCUUAUCGACAUGAAGCAUUAAUUUAUUUUACUGCAAUCAUUUGGGAACGUAAGAACUGUGUGAACUUUUACAAUGAAAUGAUGAUUGAAGUACAUGCACGUAACACACUCUAAGAGGAAAGCAAUCAUCUCACUACUAAGGUUGACAAUAAAAGUAAGGAAGCAAAUAGUACAAUCAUGUUCACUAGAGUCUAUAUGCUCUGCAUUUUGAUAUCAGCCAAUGAUAGUGGACUUUUAUUCUUGAUGAAAUAACUUAAAAUAAGUUAAAAGCUAUUAUAAUUGUUCCAAACGAAUGAGGACUUUAGGCAAUUAUUUUAGGGAAUAUAUUAGUAUUUAGUCUCUGAAGAGUUGGAGCUUUGA